GAAACCAUAGGAAGUCCGGAUCGAGGCACUGACUAACUACUUGGAAACAUAUAUCAAANUAGAGCCACUAAGGACGGGCACAAGGCCCCAGCGUGGGGACCCUGUCCCCACGCGUGGGUCUUGUUUGUCAUGCAAAAUACUCAGUCCACCCUUUGCCUCUUGGCACUGUUUGCAUGACAAGUUCUGGUAGCCCAAAUAGCACUACACUCCACGUGCAAAUUUGUCAUGCAGAACCGGCAUUCUUGCUGAUCCUGAUGCUUGUAUUGCCGUUCAUGCUAUACAAAUGAGGGGGAGGGGGAGUUGUGCACUCUCAUAUACCAAGUACGAUCCAAGAGGCGACGGAUAUUUAUGAUUAGCUACGAUACCAAGUAUGCAUCAAACUACAGUGCGACGAGUCUUAAUUCUACUAAAACAAUCCGGCUCUGAUGCUGGAGUAACUUAUACUUAAAACACCUCUUAAGAACUUGUAGUGUGGUUAGGGAGGAGGUGGAUCCAUCGUGAUUUACAACUUUUCUAUCGAAGCGGUUAUGAGGCGGAAACCAUAGGAAGUCCGGAUCGAGGCACUGACUAACUACUUGGAAACAUAUAUCAAAUGCAAAAAUGUCUGGGUCUGGAAGAAUGCAAGUUUGUCAUGCUUGUCUGGCAUGACUCGAGAAUCUGUGUUGCAUAGGCACGAAAGAGCCCUCUUUACUGUCACGCGAAAAGGCAGUUUGCCUUUGCCAUGCGGAAUACUCAAGACAUGGCAGCCACAAAAUUUGUCAUGCUUAUCUGCGUACCGCGGCGCGUCUAUCAUUCACUUUUAACAUUACAAGUUUCCAGACCCAGACAUGUUUCCAUUUGAUAACAUAGUAUGAUCCAAGAGGCGACGGAUNCCGCGGCGCGUCUAUCAUUCACUUUUAACAUUACAAGUUUCCAGACCCAGACAUGUUUCCAUUUGAUAACAUAGUAUGAUCCAAGAGGCGACGGAUAUUUAUGAUUAGCUACGAUACCAAGUAUGCAUCAAACUACAGUGCGACGAGUCUUAAUUCCAUAAACGAUCCUCCGGCUACUUUGAUGCUGGAGUAAAUACUUACUUAAAACAAAAAACUACACCUAGGUGUAGUUUCGGACCACGAUGAGGGGGCGAGCAGGUGAAUCCAUGUAUGGAUCACAUUGACUGCUCUAUCGAACUACAAGCGGAUAUGAGGUGGAAGAUCUUGCAGAAGCGGAGCCGUUAUGCUAUUGGUUUUUUCGAAAAACAAAGCCACACGACACGACACGACACAUGAAAGGUUCUUAUCAAGAAAUACAAAGAAGUUAAGAAAAACUUUGGAGUUCUUCUUGCUGAUAGCCAUGGCUGUUGUAAGAAGUACUAGCUGUGCUUUAGCGCUAUCUUCUGUAGUGAUGUGGAAGUAGCGCCAUGAGAGAAAAAUUAUAGCGCCACCUGUGAUAGUCUUCGUCUUCACUGAAGCCGCUUGGAGCUCCAAGAUUUUGAAGUCGGAGAAGGAUUUUGUUUCGAUCUGGGAAGAAAAAAAGCACUUUGUGGUCCCUCUUCGUGAUCAUGCGCAUCGAGAGGCACCUACUGCCUUGUGGCAUCGUCCAAAAGCUAAUUUAUACUUUGUUCCACACAGACCGUGCCCGUUCCGAGAUCAGCAUAGGUUCAUCUCCUCUUCUUUGGAUAGUAUUCCACAAACACAUGAAUAGCCCGGCUCUAGUACUCAUCUCACAAGAUCCUCGAAAUGUACUUGGAUCAGAAUUAUUCAACAAGAUCAAGAGACAGCCCGAUCGUCAGAAAAGAGAUGAGCGUGAGAUCCGCUGGAAAAUCUUCGCAAGAGAUCGACAAUAAGAUAGAUCGUCCCUAAUAGAUCCUUUAUUUCAAGAAUUUUCGAACGAGCUGGCCUGUGGUUCAUCUCCGCGACAAAAUGUCUUUGCAAAAACGAGGCAAAGAGCCUCGAUUUACAUACCACGAUUAGGUGAUUUAGAUUUUUUGUUUGUCUCCAAAAAUUCAGUUGAAGCAGGUCAUCGUAGCUUGCUGAUACCAUAUUACAUCAAAGCUUUCCAAAAAUAUCCUCAAUUGCUUUAGGUUAGUCUUGUAAUCUAUUAGUUUUUUCGAGCCACAGCUUUUUUAUGUUCUUUGGCCUUACCGCUUUCCUUUUGCAUUUAUUGCAUACGUUUUCUCGUCAAAAAACAAAAAGUAGUCAUAUAGCGCGACAAUAGCUUCUUUUUGUACUAUCGAGCGAUAAACAUAAAACGAUUCAUAAUUUUCUUCAAAACGGCCACUGCGUCAAUCGGUGACUGAUAGCACUAGUAAUUCUCGAGCGAGUUGUAGUUCCCAACUUCUAGAGCUUCGCUUCUGAAGUUGUACAAGAAACUUUCACUACUUUUAUUUCAUUUACGAGUAGUUACAAAGUCUAAAUAUCGAAAAAAAAAAAAAUGAGAUCUACGGCGACGAGGGUUGUUCCCGCGGCAGUCUCGAGGGCGGGGUCUCUGGCUGUUUUCUUUGAUCUGUUCUUUACUAUUACAUUCACAACGCCGAAAAGCUCCUGCAUUGUUCACGCCGCUUCCGCUUCCGACACGACAACUUCUUCCACCAGCACACCCGCCGCCCGUCGCGCCAAGCCCAAGAAGUUGGGGAACGCGGUUCUGGCGCCGAAAGCCGGCAGCGAGAGGGAAAAGCAGGAAGAACUUAGAAAGGAAUUUGCACAGAAAGAAAAGGAGGAAGAGAAGCAAAAGCUUUCUAUCUGGUUAGAAACCCACGGGGAAGCCCAGAAAGCGGCGUUUCAGCUAUUGUGAGGAAAAAUCCCCCCUCCCCAUAUCGAAAAGGUACGUCGCAGAAAAUUUGCAAUGCUGAUGUGCGACCACAAAUCACCUCUGUCUUGCAAGAAGGCAAUUCCACAGACAACCGCCGCACUAUGCAGGUGGUUUGUGAUGCUGUUGGGCCUACAGCGCAGACGUUUCUCAUGCUAAGAGCCUAGCCCAAAACCUACCUACUCAGGCUGAGUAUGGGCCUGCAGUCCUCUCCAGCAAGACAAAUCUGAUUUGUGUACGCAAAUCCAGCAUCGCAGACCUCGCUUUGAUGUGGGGUGGGGGGAUUUUUGAUUUUGAUAUCAGCUCGUGACGGAAAGGGAGUAUUUGGACCGGUUCCGCGCGCCCGGGGCGAAAGGGACGGAGAAGAUUUUGAAGGAUUUAACAAAGCAUGUGAGAACAAGAAGUCGAGGACGACAGGACCACAGACAGCAGGAGCAGAUAACGCAGGUAGACCAGAUCCUGCGGAGGCAGCAGGAGGCAGAGUUUUACGCAGAGCUGGCGAAUCUGAAACAGUCCGGGCGGGAAGUGGUGUACAAGGAACAAGAGAAAAUGUUUCAAACAUGUUUUCAAGCGGUCAAGGAACUCCACGAUACAUCAAAAAUCAAAUCUUCGGCGAGCCCGGGCUGGAUCCAGCUGAUGACGGAAUUGGCAGAAGUUCACGAGCGGAAGCAGCUGUCGGUUGGGCUGUUGAAGAGGAGGACGUCUUCUGCAACUACUAUUGCCACGAAGAUGAACGACAGUGAAGAUCGUGCUGGAAACAAGGUGGAAAUAAAGCGUACUACUCGUAGCGGUAGUCGCAAGAAAGACAGAAGAACCACGAGUCCAGCCAGAGGGUCGCUCUCUCGUCGGGCAAGAACGUCUUCCCAAGAACGGGACAUAAGCACACAUUAUUUAUUUCAGCAGUGGAAAAAAUACGACGAUGAAGAGGCUCUUCUUGAAGGUGAGGCAGCUACAUCCUAUUACCACCAGAGCCAGUACCUGCUACAGAAAAUCGUGCAAAUUUAUGCUCCUAGUCCAACCCUGCGAACCGGUUCAACUACGCCUUCGCCCGCCUCACUGGAGUAUUACAACAGUACCAUAGCAGGAGGAGCGCACAAUAAACCACGGACAUCCACUAUUCCAUUCGUAUUCGAAGACACUAGCACCUCAGGCGCCAAGAAAGAGAGUUCUGGCAACCAUCAAAACGCUUUGCUAGAGUCGUUUUUGCAGAAAUCGCAGUGCCGGGAGUACUUUCAGCUAAUGGAAAUUCCGGGGAGAACCAAAUCCGAAUGGAACAAGGUGAAACAAUUGAUAGUCGGAGCGGGUUUGUGCACCGCCCCGGACGUCCGGAGGAAUUCCUUUUCAUCAUCUGUGGAAGACGGUAAUGCUUCUACUCCGUUGAAUGAAUCCCCGGAGAGAGUGGCGGAUAAGAAGCGAUACGUGCAGGAGAAAAGACGGCUGUAUUUCAAGCUUAUCGGAGUAGAACAAGGGGAGCUCAAUGAGGCUGCAGAUGAGCCUAUGACGGACGUCGCGGCCACGGGUGCUGGGACUGUUGCUGCCUCGGCGAACAAAGGAUUUUUGCUGAAGGAGGGACAGGGUAGUGGAGCAGAUCACCAAGAACCGGGAAAAGAUGUCAAAGGGCUAGAAGUGCUAUCUCCUCUGCGGCGAGGUUCUUUUUCUUCCUCCCGAGCUGCGACCUCUGUACCAUCGUCCUCCAGGAGCCCCAGUACGCGGUAUGCAUCGUAUGUGAGCAGUUGCACUUCGCGGCGCAAUAGCUGCAGCAUCGAUGACGACGUUUUCAUGACAGGCAGCUUGAGCAGCGGAGAGCAAGGUGCAAUAUCAGCUGGCUCACGGUUCGGGAGCCAUGCGAGCUUUCAGAGCCUGCUUUUGCAGGAAGAUCCGAUCAGUCGUCCGGCUCUCAGGAGUCCCUCGCCGGCGCUCUCUGCAGCAUUGGGAGCCGUUAGUACUGUCGAGGAUGAGGAUAAGGACCAUGAUCUUGUAGUUCACGGUCCUUAUACAACCGACAACAGGUGUACUAGCCGUGUCCCGUAUGUUCCAAGCGAGGACGCAGCGGUACACCUUCUGCCUUCAGCCAAGCCGUCUUCGUCAUUUGCAGUGCAUAUGGACGACGACGAGGUGCCGCAAAGCAAAAAGCAUGCUCCCACCACCAGAAUUGCAACGCCGCCGUUGUUUCCCGUGGCAGAAGAGGGCGGGGGUUCUAUUGGUGCUGUUGUUCUUCCCAUGGCCGCCAGCGCAGCAAGUUCUUGUACUACUAUGCCGACAAAACAAAUUAAUGACGCGCGUGAUGUUAUCCUAUUUAAAAAACGUCCCCACCCCAUAGUUGUAAUGCAAAUCUGCAUGCUGAAAAUGUUUCUCAUGCGGAGCCCCAUGAGAAGCAUUUUCCAAUCGUGUUUUGAAAUUUGUCAUGCUCCAAUCAGCAUGGUAUGCUAGAUCUGUGAUGCUGCUGAGCUAGCUCAAACAGCACUACACUACGAAAUUGAUUGAGUGCGCCUUUAAGUACAGUGUAGCAUGACAAAUUUUCCGAGCGCUUUCUGAUGCUUAGCGCGCAAUACAAACUGCGAUGCUUCAUGGCGAAACUGUGGCGCUCUUGUUGCUUUUAUGCAAUACAGAUUUUUAAGGAAUGGUGGACACGCAACACAGAUUCAACCUUUCCAGACCCAGACAUAUUUGCGAUGCAUAUGCUGUUCGAAGUCCUCAUGCGCACGGUUGGAAAGGACUAUGACAAGAUUACUACAACAAGAGCUCCUACCUCUGAACAUGAGCCGAAAAAAACACACCAGCACUCGGAAGUGAAAGAAGCCGAGCGAGUGUUGCUGCAAGUGCUGCAGACUUGCGUCGAUUUGAACCCUUUUUUGAAGUUGUACGGGGAAGAAAGUGUGGCGAAAGUGCUGCGGUUCUUCGUGAAUAUGAAGACACAGAUGAAAGGUGGUCGUGAGGACGAAAAUCUACGAGAGGGCCCUCGUGCUGACCACCCUGUUCAAGAAGUACGUGCUGUCAGUACGAGUCACGCGACCUCCUCGUCCUCGCACGCUACUACUCUGACAACAACUUCAUCUCCGGAUGUUCCUGCGACAACUUCUUCUUCAACUUCUAGAGGGGCUGGGCCUGGGGAAACUAGUACAACCAGAAAUAACUACCGUCGCACCUGGGCCAGCCUACUUGACACAGUGCGGUUUGAUCGCAUCUAGCGUCCAUGUGGAGUUUGAUGCGUAGUAGGAGCGGAUUUCAUAUAUGUUCAUAGGUUUAUUCCAGGAGCGAAGAAGGUAAGAGGUGUCUGGAAUGAAUCAGAUUUUAACUCAUCGCAAAUAAGGUUCUUGACAAAAAAGGAAGAGCAGUGCCCUUUAUUUGGAUAGACUAGCAACUUUUUAAAUUUUCCGCGUAUAAUCAUCUAGCUAUAGGUAGCGCGCUCGUUGAAGCUUGCCUGUGCUUGCAGUUUGCAAGGCUGCGGGUAAGUAGUCGGGCCAGGGCUUUUGAUACCAGGCCGCUAUGUAGUUUUUCAUAGCAAAAAAAAAUACAACGAAAUUUUGUUUUUUUUUCCCUAUUUGUUGGGCAAGUAAGUAACUUAAAAGCGACAAUUUGUUUCUCCGAAUAACCACGUGCGAAAGUACUAUAUCUUUCUAGGAUAGAAAGUCACGAUAGUACAGCCCGAUAUUAGUUUUUGCAGCUGUAUAGGCUCGCACGAGAUGAGGCGAACGAGUGCGGGCUUUUUUUUUGUCUUUUUUACGCUUCAAGUGAAGUAGACGAUGAGCUAGGUAAGAAGAGCUACACGUUGCGAUUAUUAUAUCGAGACUUGCUAUAGCGACUAAGUGUAUGGCGUUUUGAUUUAUUUUCCCGCUCGUUUAAUUCUAUCACUUCUCCGCUUGAGAAAUAAUACAAAUAAAUUGAUUCGAGAAAAGCGCCCAGCAUGAUUUUCCUUUUAUUAUUGAUGUUUUUGUUUUUCGUCCAAGACUAGAUGUAGUAUCAAGAAGCGGGGCCGCAUGCAGAUGGAAGCAUGUUUAUAGUAGGAAGCCUAGCCCUGAAGAUAAGGAUAACCAGAGCCACACUUUAUUUUCCCGGGAUAGUAUGAAGCAUCAGACGUCUUUUUUAGGACAUCUAAUGCAACGUGAAAACCCAAACGAGCAGCUGCAGGUCCAACGCGAAAAGUAGUUGUCGACCAUUUGUAUGCCUCCUGCCAAAAUGGUGAUGGGAAAGGAACAAACCGUGACUCAAUAUAAUAUCCGAAAUCUCUAGCCAUGAAUUUUUGUACAAUUUUUACAUGCUAUCCAACUUUUACCAGCCACUACCGUACUCACUAUCCGUAUUUACUAGCCUAUGAAGUUGUUGUACGUAAAACUUCAAGAACAAUUCCGGCUCACACAAUUUUUAUACCGGACGAAUAUUAUACAAUUUUUAUGCCGCGCAAUCUGUAGUUGUCUUCCUUCGUAUUGAAUAUUGGUUCGGUGACCGAACUGUAAUACGAACAGAUCCACUUCUCCUGAGAAUGUUUCUUUAACAACUGCUGGUGCAUGUAUCAUUUUAUUUUUUAGGACAACAAAAAGAACAAAGUAAAAAUCAAAAACAAACUCUACAUCAAGGUCAACAACAAACUCACACUUCCUUUUAUCGCACUAGGCGGCCCACCGAUGGCGAAGAUUCUUCUAAUAAACGCACAACUUCAUGGGAGGACACAAUAUACGAUACUUCGAUAGUACCGUCAGCACGAUGAAUCUGUUUGCAGAGAAGUUCGGUGGGCCUGCAGAUUGUAGAAGGAACAGUAUAGUUUUUGGAGCCCAGGCUAAUUUCUAACUAACAGGGGCGAACGAGAAGAAAUCGGAAAAGAAUGAAUCAAGAGAAGGAGUGGGGGAAAAAU